GCCAGUCCAGGAAGUGAACAUUUACAGGAGCUAGCGGGAUAACGAAGCUCUUUAGCCGUCAAUAUUAUAAUAAUCCCCACGCCCAUACAGAGGGGAUAGACGGCGUAUCCUUUUCUCAAGCUUUCCAACUGUCUGGAGCCACCGCAUCACAAGAUGAUGGUCGACCCCACACUUGCUGAAAUGGGCAAGAACCUCAACGAGGCCAUGAAGAUCCUGGAGAAUGGCCGAAAGGCAUCAGAACCGGAUGCAGAUAGAUGCCAGUUCAGCAGGAGUAGUAUCCCCGGACCCCUACAGGGAGAUGGGCAGGAUGUGGCCAGUAUACUCCAGCUGGUCCAGAAUCUCAUGCAUGAAGAUGAGGAGGAAGACAAGCCAAGCCAUCGCAGGAUGCAGAAUGUCGGGGAGCAGGGUCACAUGGCGUUGCUAGGACACAGCCUAGCAGCCUACAUCUCAGUGCUGGACAGGGAGAGACUCAGGAAGCUGAUCACACGCAUCGCAUCUGACACAACACUAUGGCUCUGCAGACUCUUCAGGUAUGAGAGUGGCUCAGCAUACUACCAUGAGGAUGACCGAGAGGGCCUGCUGAAGGUGUGUCGCCUGGUCAUCAAUGCCCGCUAUGAGGACUACUCCACAGAGGGCUACAUGGUGCUCAACUCCAGACAGCCUGUCAUUUAUCAGAGCACCACCUGCAGGCCUGGCCUGGGACAGCACCUCUGCAGCCAACUGGGUCUGCCUCUGUCCAGCCUGUGCACCGUCCCCUGUAACACUAUGUUUGGAUCCCAGCACCAAAUGGACGUUGCCUUGCUAGACAAGCUGAUCAAAGAGGACGUGGAGACUGGGAAGCUUCCAUUGCUGUUGGUAGCCAACGCCGGCACCCCUGGGGCGGGCCACACAGACAAGCUGGGCCGUCUAAAGGAGCUGUGUGAACAGUAUGGCAUGUGGCUCCACAUAGAAGGUGUCAACUUGGCCACCCUGGCUCUGGGGCAGGUCUCGUCCCCCGUGACGGCGGCCACCAGGAGUGACAGUAUGACCCUGACCCUGGGUCCGUGGCUGGGCCUGCCUGCUGUUCCUGCUGUCACCCUCUACAGACAUGAGGACCCAGCCCUGUCUCUGGCAGCCGGGUUGACUUCCAGUCAGCCAGUAGAGAAGCUGCGUGCCCUGCCUCUCUGGCUCUCCCUGCAGUACCUGGGCCAUGAUGGGAUAGUGGAGAAGAUCAGACACGCUGCAGAGCUUAGCCAACAGCUUCUUGAGAAACUGAAGACUCUGGCUUCCAUAAAGACUUCAGUGGAGGAUGAGCUGAACUCUCCAGUAGUAGUGUUCAGGUUCUCCCAGGAGACCAGUGCAGAAUCCAGUGGUGGUUCUGUGGAGGGCUACUUUGCUGGAGAGAGAGAAGUGCUAGAUACCCUCAACAGAUGGCUGUGUGAGCGGUUGGCACAGCUUGUGCCUGCCAGCGGGGUAGACAUGGUGGAGUUGGAGGACGAGGGCACCUGUGUCCGCUUCACCCCUCUUUUGACCGCCGCAGCCCUGGGGACCCAGCGGUGUGACGUGGAUCUCCUGGUGGAGCGGUUGACUGAGCUGGUUCCUGUGCUGAACUGUACGCUCCGUCUCAGACUGGACUUCAGAGAGGAGGUGUACCGCCACUCUGCCCUCAGUUACAUAGAGGACCUCAGCUGGCCCGGCCUGGGAGCCGUCAGGUAUGAGCCGAGGAUUGAGAAGAUGAACGACCGUAAGAGACAGCUGGAGGUGGAGAAGAUCAACGGUGAGCUGCUGGUGAAACUAGGGGAUCUGGACGCAGACCUCAUCUUCUCCACCGGCCCGGAGUUCGGACCCGAGAAGGACUGCGUAUUUAUUGGCAUGGCAAUGGAGGACCUAGACGUGCCAGAGCUAGUGGAUACGAUAGCCGCCCUGGGGAGGGACAUAGAGGAGAACGGCAGGCUAUUAGAGAACAUGACGGAGGUGGUGAGGAAAGGCAUCCAGGAGGCAGAGCUACAGCUCCAGAAAGACAACCAGGAGAAACUCAUGGAGGAGGGUGUGUUGAGACAGAUUCCUCUGGUCGGCUCCGUGUUGAACUGGUUCUCUCCGUUCCAGAGCACUGUGAAGGGCAGGACCUUUAACCUGGCUGCAGGUUCCCUGGACACCACAGAGCCCACCUACUCCAUGAAGGCCCAGACAGGUGGGCUGGCAUCGCCAGAAACCCCCACCUCCUCUGCCAAGAGACUACCAGGACAGAGGCUGUUCCGGCGCGAGGGUGCGGGGGGCUCUGACUCUCACAGUGAGACCAGCUCCGUGGGCCAUGCUGAGGAUCUCUCCAGGGAGGGGGUCCCACAACCCUCCACACCCACCCCACCUUCCCCUGUCCCAGACGAGGUGGUUUCCGGGGCCCCUGAGAGCCCAGAGACCUCCCAGGUGCCAGUUGAACCCGAGCCCACGCAGGAGGAGAGCGAGGUGGGUACACCGGAAGGGGAACAGAGUAUGGAAGAGGAGGAGAGAGCCUGAGGGCCAGGAGGCAACUGGGGAGGCACCAGUGGAGGAGACAGGCAGAUAGGACAGCCCCCAGGGCAGGUUCCAGGCCAGUCCAGCAGGUGUUGUAGAGCAGGGAUUCAUUCUAUUCUCAAAUAAUUCUCCCUUGCCUCUUUUCUUGACAACUGUCUCCUUGUAGAUCUGAAGGGACUGGAGACUGGGAUGAAAGAUAAUUAGAUAGCAAAGGGUUCACUUAGACUACCAGAAGGGUAGGGAGUGCUAUUGUCAUUUUAUCUCUGCUUUAUUCUUUCUUUCCAGUCCCAUGAUGACUGAGAGGGAGAGGUCAAGGGCUGAGGGAAGGAACCAGGAUUUCAGAAUGGAAUCCAGCCUUAGUCUCUAGGGUUGUUUCCACAGCAGUCCAGAGAUUGUGUCUGACUGUCUGAGGACUCGAUCUCUCAAUGGGUUAAUAAAUAAUUAUGUAGGAGUAGAAUUCAGACACCCUAUAGGACCUAAGAACUCUGGUCAAGCAGGAACUACACCUGGCGCUGGGAGUCAAAGGUGAAGGGUUGUCUGAGCUGAGGACUUCCUGGUUCAUGGCCUCCACUCUACUUCAGUCGGUCUCGUCAUGGCCCGGAGGUAAAGCAGCUUAUAUGCAAGCCAAGUAACGUGCGACUAACACUGGAAAUGAAACCAUUUUAGAUUGUAUACACACCUUCUAUUUCUAUCCACUCAAUCACCAUGAUGAUCAGUAAAACCAGCUCUGUAUAGAGGGAAAUGUAGUAGAACAAUUUAAGCAUACUGUGAUAUGACUUGAACAAGAAAGAAUACAUGCAUCCACCUGCUUUCUGAUCUUUAAAUACUCCCACAGUAUAUGUGCACUACCCCGAUAGACCCUCCCACGGAUGGUCAAACACCCUCCUGUUAACAUUUGCACAUACUUGGGUCUGAUUGGUGUACAAUGUUUUUUUUUUUUUUACAAUAUAAAUGUAUGUUUUUAAUAAUAUUACCAAUGGGGCUAACGUUUCCUUACGUCCAUAAGCAAAGUCUUGCUUAACAUGCAUUCUGAGGAAAUACUUAUAGUGGCUAUACUGUAUGUUGAUGUUUCCUGUGAGACAGACAUGCAGUAGCCUAGUAGUUAUUAUAAUACCUAGACUGAAGAUAGCAUAUUUGCAGGUUAAAGGAUUUGGUUUCAAUGCAGGGUUGUAAAAAAAAAAAAAAAGAAGUUGUAUUCCAUUUGUCACUACCUUAUUUAAUGUUGCACAUAGUAUGUCUUAAUUUAAUCAAAACCUUUUCAAUAAUUCAUUUAUUUUGUAUUUUUUAUUCUCAAAAUAAGAACAAAAUCUAUAAUUUGUUGCAAUAACUACUUUGAUGAAGAAUUAUGAUUCCUGACUUGAAAUGACACAACGAUAUUUCCGUCCUGCUUCCAUUACAAUCUCUAUUUGAUUUCACAUACAACGAUCCUUGACAAAGAGCUUAGAGAAAAUGUAUGUUCCUUCCAUACCAUUGUCUUCAAAAGGGAGAUGUUACAGUUGAAGUCGGAAGUUUACAUACACCUAAGCCAAAUACAUUUAAACUAUGUUUUUCACAAUUCCCUGUA